CAAUUUUUGUCAUCCCGGGGAAGAAAUGUAUCAUCAGUUCAUAAGGGCCAGCACUAUGCAAUGCGCCAUGCCCAAAUUCACCUUCUGCAAGCCUUCACCCACUUUCAUUUUCAGAUUCAAAUCCUUUACUUCUUCUUCUUCUUCUUCUUCACUACCCACUUCAUCUUUCAAUCAUCCACAAUGGUCUGGUCUGCACAAUUGGAGACAUAGUUCCCUCAAUCGAAACCGCUUAUGGGGAUCCUCAGGCCCGGAACCGUCUAAGCCGUCGAUGCCAUCUUCCGUUGAAGUUGACGGUGGUCCGAUUUUGUCCGCUUCUUCAUUGGCGGAAUUGGGUUCUAUUAUUCUCUGCACCUCAGACCCUUUAACCAAAUCAAAGCUCUCUCACUUGGCAUUCUCGAGAUGGAAAGGGGAAAAGCUUCCAGUUGGAGUUUCUGAAGCACCCAAUAGACCUUCUCGCCCUACUAAACCUGAGUUGGUGUCCCCAAAGGCAAUUCCGUCUCCAAAGAGCUCAGGACUGCCCCUUAAUGCUUACAUGCUCCAUAAUCUUGCUCAUGUCGAGCUGAAUGCUAUUGACUUAGCUUGGGACACAGUUGUUCGGUUUUCACCUUAUGUCGAGCUUCUUGGAGAUGGUUUCUUUGAUGAUUUCGCUCAUGUUGCUGACGACGAAAGUCGCCAUUUUGCUUGGUGUUCACAGAGAUUGGCUGAGCUUGGCUUUAGUUAUGGAGACAUGCCAGCCCAUAAUCUACUCUGGAGAGAAUGUGAGAAAUCUGCAAAUAAUGUCGCUGCACGUUUGGCUGCAAUUCCUCUUGUGCAGGAGGCUCGAGGACUCGAUGCUGGGCCCCGACUUGUGCAGAGGUUGGUUGGGUGUGGAGAUAAUAGGACGUCAAAAAUAGUGGGGAGGAUUGCGGAAGAAGAAGUUGCCCAUGUGGCUGUUGGAGUGUAUUGGUUUGUUUCGGUUUGCGAAAAGAUGGGUGUUGUGCCCUGCUCCACUUUUAAAGAUUUGUUAAUAGAGUACAAUGUAGAGAUUAAAGGGCCUUUUAAUUACUCAGCUCGCGAUGAAGCUGGAAUCCCGAGAGAUUGGUACGAAAGUUUACCUCCCAAGGAAGAAGAUGAGAAAACGCAGCAGCUUACUGAGGUAUAUGGAAGGUUAGCAUGCAUAAUUUCCAUGGAGCAGGAGAACUCGAGUUUGAAUUCGAGGACUCCAAAGUGAUUGGAAUCUCACCUGAAAUGCCAGCGGAAGAUUCUGCUAGUUUGGAGCUAUGGGAAAGAGUGGAUUGCAUGGUGUGAGAUCCUUGAUUCUCAAUUUGAUAUCAAAUGAGUUUACAAAUUGAAACACAAUCGAUGGUUUGAAGUACGCCUCUCGAAAAUGGAAUGGAAUUUUGUUGUCAUGAUAUUUGUCUCUUCACCAAAUUAGGUUUGACAUCUUAACUUCCUAGGAUUGGUGUCCUUGUAAAAUGCCCAACUGGUGAAACAUUUAUCUAUAAUAUCUAGUUUUUUCAGUUUUCAAGUA